AACGGCGCGCUCGUUUGAAAUGAUCAACAAACCAGCAGCAUCAGCAUAGUGCAUGAUAGUCAGGGGAAGCUAGAUUGCCUGAAUGUAAUCACAAAGUGAUCAACUAUGAUUGUUAUGUGCUUUAGCUCUGGUAACAAUCCGGCUGUACAAUAAUUAGAGGUUCAUAUUUUUCUCACGUCACGUUUUGCUCCGGUGAAACAUUUGUCGCUAGCAACAAACUCAUGACGUCUCUAGGGAAGUCCAACGUCCCUAGGCUAGCUAACUGACUCAGGAUUAGCAAACUGGGGUAGCAACAGGUAAUGGCAGACAAAUUAACGUUAGCUGUUCUCUGAAGAAGUCGAGUUUGUGUCAUCGUUACAGCCGUUGUUUUCAAGGGAAUAGCAGGUUUUAUGUCUUCCCCUAUGCCUGAACAUGGAAGAAAAAGACGGAAAUAGACGGGUUUUUAUCUUGGAGCAUGAAGUGAAGAGUUUGACAGAGGAGCUCAGCCAGUGUCAGGCCGACAAAGAGUUUGUGUGGUCAUUGUGGAAACGCCUUCAAGUGGCCAACCCGGACCUCACACAAGCUGUGAGCUUAAUUGUGGAGCGUGAAAGAGAGAAAGCUGAAGCUAAGGACAGGAAAGUGCUGGAGAUCCUUCAAGCCAAAGAUUACAAAAUACAAGAGUUGGAGCAGAAAGUGACAGGGCAACAGCAGGAGAUAAACAACCUGUACCAGAGCCGGCAGCGCGGCGAUGGGGAGCUGGACAUCAUGAAGACGGAGCUGGCAGCUCUGCGGCAGCGGCAGGGGAAUACCAGUCGGGAACUUAAGGAGUGGAGGCAGCGCAGUGCGAAGGCGGAGGAGGAAGGCCAGCGCGUGGUGAGUGCUCUGGAGGAGGAGAAGCGGGGAUUAGAGGCGCGCUGCGCCGCCCUGCUGGCUGACCUGGAGAGGGCGCGGGAGCAGCAGAGCCAGCACAGCCACCGCCAGGACCACAUCCACACCACAGUCAAGGAGUUGGAGCAGGAGCUGGCCAGUGUGAAGCAGCAGGUGUGUGCCGCUGAGGCGCGCGUGUGUGACCUCUCCGUCCAGCUGAGCAGCCGAGAGCAGGAGCUCACUCAGAAGGAGCAAUGUGUGGCCCAGCUCAGGCAUGAGCUGCAGGGGCUGCAGGCUCUGUACAGUCAGAGUGUGGAGCAUGCAGGUGAGCAGGCGCAGCUAAUCCAGCAGCUGGAGGGCCUUAACCUGGACACCCAGAGAGUGCUGCGCAGCCAAGAGCAGGCCCACACCGCAGACACCGUUUCCUACCACAAGCUCUAUACAGAACUCUGCGUGACCCACCGGGCGCUGGUGUGUAACGAGUCCCAGCUCCGGGAGAGAGAGGCAGGCCUGAGCACGCAGCUCCGCGAGAGGGACCAGCAGCUCCAGCAGCUUCAGGAACAGCUACAGCAGCUCCAAGUGGAGCUCCAACAACAGCAGCAGCAGCAGCAGCAGCAGCAGCCAGCCCCCCUACCAGUCCAGCAGCCGAGGCAGAGCAGCUCCACCACAGUCUGCACGCAGACCAGGCAGACCAACUCCCAGCACUUUGAGCAGCUCCAGCUGGAGCCGAGGCUGGACGCGGCUGAAGGAGAGCAGGACCUCCACGGGGCUCUGGAGGUCCAGGGCCAGACUCCACUCCCACAGCCCCAGCCAGGAGAGCCUCCAGAAGGCCCCAGCCACAGCGAGUGCCCUGGACCCAAGAGCCGACAGUCACGGGGAAUGCAGGACCACCUCCUCUCCUCUCACCACCUCCUCUCCUCUCCUCUCCUGCCUGGUCUCUCCUAUUGUCCUAUCAAGAGCAGCCCAGGGCCCUGCCAGGGCAAGAUGCAUUGGGGCGGUGCUCCAGGUCCCUGUCCCCGCGGAACAGCAGCCGAGUGGCUGUGGAGGAGGAGGAGGAGGCCAAGAUCCAGAGGCUGCAGGAGCUGCUCUGCGCUCAAGACUGAAGAGAACGAGGCGCUGAGGAAGGCCCAUGACAAGCGUCAGGAGCGUCUGCGUCUGAUCCAGACCCAUUACAGGAGUCUACGAGAGCAGCUGAGGCAGGCCGAGGAGGCCCAGGGCAAAAGCUGUGUGCGGAACGUUCGUGCGGAGCCCUGGCAGCUGCGGCAGGAGAACAGUGACGGCGUGUGGAACGAGCUGGCCUUCUUCAGGAGGCAGAACAAGAAGCUCCUCGCUGAGAAAGCCAACCUGGAGGAGGAACUGGAUGUGCUGCGGGUGCAGGCUGCCAUGGAUCGCACCACCACGCACGAGCUGCGUCUGUGCCUGGAGCAGGAGUACCAAGAGCUGCUGCGGAGAGUGGCCACGCAGGAGACUGAGGUCAGCAGCAGUACGCCCAGCAAGCCCAGCGCCCGCCGGCUCCAAGAGUCCAUCCUCAGGAUUGAGCAGCUGGAGAGGAAAAUGGAGUCCCUGGAGGAGGAGACGCAGCAGUUGCACCAGGACAACCAGGAGCUGCAGGAGGCCAACGCCGCGCUGGCCAGAGCCCGGGACGACCUCCAGGCUGCCCUCCAUCGCCUCUGUGCCCAGAGGGCCGUACAGGAGGAGGCCUCCCAGGCCAGAGCUGCUGCCGAGCGGGAGAGGCUGCUAGGCGAGGGCCAGGCUCUGCAGGCGGAGGUGGAGGCCUUCAGGCGAGAGGCGGAGGGGGCCGACCGAGAGGCGUCUCGGGCCAGGCAGCGGGCACUGCGGCUCAGGCAGGAGCUGGGCGUGGUGAGGGCCGAGCGGGACUUCCUGCGCACGACCGUCACCCGGCGCCGAGCCAAGGGCCCAGUGGCCCCUGUCAGCAGGAUCAAAGUCAGGAGCGCGUGGAGCCGAGCUCCCCCGGGCCAGCACAGAGCCAGGAGGAGAGCCAGCCCAGCCAGAGACGGGUGGGAAGACCUGAGCGCCGACAGUGCUAGUGAAGAGGAGUACUCCGACAGCCUGGACAACGCGCCGCCCAUCACAACCCUCCGUAAGAAGACCAUUCACAGGGUGUACAGGUGCGCCGGCGUUGGCGGCCGGGCGUCCCUGGCAGAGCUGCCUGCAGAGGAGCAGAGCGUGGCGGAGCCCCCAUCUCCACGCUGCUGUGCAGGGCACGAGGGGCGUGCGAGAAAGAGGAGGCUGCGACCGAAGGCCGCCUGCGCGGAGACGCGUCCGCGGGUGCUGGCGCUCCGGCAGCAGAUCCGCACGCUGCAGCAGGACCGGCGAGAGGCCGAGCAGCAGGCCCGCCAGCACAGCCACGCCUGCCAGCAGCUCCGCAGCCAGCUGCAGACCACCGCUCAGAAACUGGCCAGCAGCAAGCAGCUCGCACAGAAGCUAAGCACUGAACUAACUGGCGUGGAGCAACAAAAGAAGGUUCUGGAGAUGGAGCUGGAGCAGUGGAGGCGUGUGCAGGUCCAGCUCCCACCACCACCGGCCCCUCCAGUCCAGCCGGCUCCGGCCCCCGACCCCAGUGGCCCUGCCCUCAAGCAGCUGGAGGUGGAGGUCAGACAGCUCCAGACCAAACUCAAGAACGCCAGUAACGAGGUCACCAAACACACGGCCGCCAGCAAGAGCUUGAAAGCCGAGCUCGGCGAGAAGGACCAACGCCUCCGAGAGCUGCAGGAGAAGCUGGGUCACUCCGAGAGGGCUGUGGGCAUGAAGAAGCAGCUGGUGGAGGACCUGAAGACCCGCCUGAAGUUCUUCCAGGAGACCGAGAGGAGCCUCAAGGGCCAGCUGGAGGAGCUGGAGAGAAAGGUGAAGACGUUAUCAGAGGAGGCGUCCAACAGGAAGGCCUUUGUGGACUCCCUGAAGCGCAGGCUGAGUGUGGCCACUACAGAGAAGGGCCAGCAUGAGGCGUCCAGCCUCAAGCUCCAGGAGGACCUGCAGAAGAAGGAUCAGAAGCUGCAGUCUCUGCUGGCGCGUGUUGCGGAGAGUGAGAAGGCCAUGGCGGAGCUGCAGGACGCGGCGUCCAGGCAGAUGCACGGUCUGACCCAGCAGAGCACGCAGGCCCUGGAGGGCGCCAACAGGAAGCUCAGUCUGGCCAGCGCCCAGCUGCAGCAGCUGCACACCUUCAUCCAGGCGCUGGCCCGUGAGGUGGAGCGCGAGGCCCAGGCGGUGAAGGGGGAGGUAAGAAAGAGGAAGAGGCAGAGGAAGGCCUCCAUCCAGGGAGACGGCCGGCUGUCCAAAAGCUCCAUGGUGCGGGCGCAGUCCAUCGCAGCCUCCAUCCUCAACAUGAGCGAGAGGGACCUGGUGGACAUGCUGGACACAGAUGAGGAGGCGGAGGAUGGCAGUGGGGAGCAGGACUGGCUGCAGAGCAUGCAUAAACUCCUCCAGCACCAGAUCCCCUCUGCAGAGCUGCUGAUGGACGCCAUGCUGGCCAAGAUGAAGGAGAGGAAAGUGCUGACGGAGGAACUGGCCACGCUUGAAGCAGCAGUCAGCGAAAAAGCCUGACCGCAGGAGAGAGAGAGAGAGAGGAAGCGCGGGAGAGAGCGAGAGGGUCUGUCAUCAUCCUCCUCAAACGUUGGGAGUGCCCAGCCUCGCAGUGGGAGCCCCAUUUGGCUGCCACGGCCAGGGCUGAAGGAGUGUUUUGAAGAACCCUUCAACCUCUCCAUCUCUCCCUCCCUCUCUCUUCUCUUUUUUCCUUCUUUCUUUUUGUUUUUACCCGGGAGCGGGCCACUGCUAGCCUGAUGUUAACCGCCCUCUGUCCACUCCGUGUCCGUGCACACUGUGUGUGUGUGUCUGUGUGUGUGUCUGUGUGUGUGUGUGUGUGUGUGUGUGUGUGGAGAAACACUGGCCACUGUAUUACUGUAUUAGGUUACUGGCCAGUCGGGGCAGGAUGUUUUGACCUCUUCAAACGCCGACUGUGACCAAAUCAUGCCCCAUAUAUGGUAGCAGCAGCUUAUCAGUAGAGAUAUUAUUUCUCUGUAAUGUUUAACUUAUUUCUUAUUGAUCUAGAUGUUUUAAUUAAAAAUGUUUUUGUUAA